AUGGGCCAAGAGAUCCACAUGCCCUCUCAACGUGUGCUGUUCAAAAUUUGGGUUUUGCGGAACAACGAAAGACUUUCAUACUUUCAGUGUGGCAAUAAGCAAGUCAAACGAGAGACUUGUGAUGAAGAUGGAACCCUUAAUAGGGUGGUUGGCUACUAUGAAGGAUGGGGUGCCCGAAGGCCGUGCAACGCCUUCUUUCCUGAGCAGAUUCCUCGUGGCGUCUACUCAAUCAUCAACUUUGCCUUUGCCACGAUCGAUCCCCAGACAUUCGAAGUUCUUCCCGCGACACCUGAGGAUAUACCACUUUACAAGCGCUUGACAGCGCUCAAGAAAGACGACCCCACACUCCGCAUCUACAUCGCCAUUGGUGGCUGGACAUUUAACGAUCCGGGUCCUACUGCUACUGUAUUCUCUGACAUUGCACGGUCAGAAGCAAAUCAGAAGAAGUUUAUCAAGUCGCUGAUUGCCUUUCUGAACAAGUACGACAUGGAUGGCGUUGAUCUCGAUUGGGAAUAUCCCGAGGCUCCGGAUCGCAGUGGCAGACCCGAGGACUUCAAAAACUUUCCUCAAUUCAUGGAAAACUUAUCAAAGGAACUUCAGCAGACAGCGGGCCGCGGCAACAAGUGGACCGGCGAAUAUCUCAACCCUCAUACCAAUAUCACCGAGAUCGAUGCCGCUCUUGAUCUCCUUUGGAGGAACAAAGUGGAUCCAAACAUGGUAGUUCUGGGUCUCGCAUUCUACGCGCGAGCUUACACGCUCAAAGACCGAAGCUGCAUUGAACCCCAGUGCCAAUACGCAUCGGGUUCCAAGAAGGGUCCUUGCAGUAACGAGGCUGGUAUCUUGCUCAACUCUGAAAUCGACGACAUCGUUAAGAAAAAGAGUCUUGUGCCCAAGUUAUGGGAGAAGGAGACUGUGAAGAUGCUUCACUGGGAUGAUCAGUGGCUGACCUACGACGAUGCGGACACGUUCAAAUUAAAAACCAAGUUCGCCCGCAAGCGCUGCUUGGGCGGCGUUAUGGUAUGGGCCAUCAGUCAUGACACCAAAGAGGCAAAAUACACGAAAGCCCUGGCAGCAGCGGCCAAUCGCAAGAUCCUUCUCCUGCCUAGUACGGAAGGCCCUGAACAGGAAGUCAAGAUUCCGCAUCCCCAGUGCAAAUGGACAAAUUGUAUGGAUGGAGGCUGCCCCUCGGGCUGGCAGCUUAUGAAGCGCAGUGAUGAGCAUGCACGUACAGACGAAUGGAUGUUCGAUAACUCUGGGUGUGACGGCGCGGGUAUCCAUCGCCUCUGUUGCCCGUCGUCCGAGACGCUUCCAACGUGCGGUUGGUACACACUUCCCAAACGCGGCGGUAAAUGCGAUUCAAAAUGUCCGGACGGUACCCAGGAAGUUGGUUCCAACUCGAACUAUUGCGACUCGGGCUACCAGGCCGCCUGCUGCACCACCUCGGACUCGGAUAAGAAGCCACUGCGCGCCAUGGAGCUCUAUGAGGGCUGCGAGUGGUCAGACGCGCCAAUGUGCGAUUCGGGCAAGUGCACGUUUGCUGGCUCAGCAUGGCCGACGGAACUAGUUGUCUCAGCAACAGGCAGUGGUGGUGCCAUUUGCAACAUGCGUUCUGCGGGCUGGGAAGCAAGUACUUGGCAGGUCCAAGAGCGCAAGUACUGCUGCGACACGAAGACGAAUAGCCGCAAAUGGAGCAACUGUAAAUGGGAAAAGUCGCUCGGAUGGGGUUCCGCAGGAGCCCGAUGCUAUCCCAACUGCCCCGAAGGCAAAACACGAGUAGCCAUGGACGGUUGGGGCGACGACUGCAAGACUAGUGGUGCUCGAGCGUACUGCUGUGAUGCGGACAACUACGACACCGAGACGCGUCCGUCAGAUGAGAUACAGAAGUAUCGCGAUGCCAUGAAGGCUUGGGUUGAGAGUCCAACUUGUCCUCGGGGAACGGGGUCUCUUCAACGACGUUAUCUCCUGGAACGAGGCCUCAUAAGCCGCGAAGACAAAUCUCAACUCCUCACUCGGCAGCAAACACCCAUUGGCGGCAAUGGCAUGACCAACGCUGAACGAGUCCUGCAGCUGCUGAUACUAAUCCUCUCAGCCAUAUACCAGACGCCGACCGACAUGAGCAAGGCUUAUAACAGUGCUUGGGACGACUACAUCAAAACCAAGCAUGAGGGAAUGCAGACAGUACCCAUGAAGUCAUUUCUUACUGACAAGUCUCGCUAUCCUGCCUUUGACCUUGAGGGCCCAGAGAUCACUGCAGAGCGCUUCGCUUGCGAGCUCGAUGUCACCGACGCUCUGAUCCGGCGGACACAAGUUACCGUCGUCAUCUGUGACGCCGACAUGUGCGGGAUAGAUGGGCUUUGCUUCGACUCCUUUGAUGAAGAUGCGCCUGGCGCCUCAGAUAAGCGUGGCAUGGGAUUUGGGUCUGUGAAGGCGCGAGACACUCUCGACACAUCUCCUGCAGAACAUCAAGGCGCUCUUGAGAAGCGCGAUAACAUGGACGUUGAGUUUGAGUGUGUAGACUCGGCGAACCCCAACGGCAAGAAGAUCAAGUGGAGGAAGAGGCCGUGGACUAGCGCUGGCCAGUGGGACAACAAUAAUCCCAUCUACGACAAUGCCCUGACACAUAUGUUCGAGGACCACUGCUCCAUGACUAACCUCAGAGUUUCCCAGUUGCCCGAUGGCGAAUACUAUGCCACUGAACACAUUAUCGAGAUACAGACAAUGGCUCUGUUUUUCACCGAUGCACCGGGCGACAGAAGGUGUAAAGUUCCAUGCGACUUCUUCAUCAACGGCUUCAACAACCCCAUUGCGAGCGGUCCAUCUUUGCCUGGUGGAUUCAUGAGUCCAGUUCCCAGUGAGCGUAUCAUGGACGCGCUCGGUAGUGAGCUGAACACAGUGAACUUCGUCUUGCUGCGUACGAACCUGAACGGGAUGAAAGCUAGGAUAUGGAGAUACCUGGAUCCCAUCAGUGAUGCCAGUUGGCUAUUAAUGCUCGCCAGCAGCGAGCCUCGGGAAGCGCUACAGUCCAUCCGAGAUGCCAUUGCAGUAUUCAACUAUCUGAAUCAUCCGUACGUCCGACCCAAACUCAUAGGCAUCAACAGAGUACUCCGAGAAGAGUUCCAGCGAGCAUCUGAUGGAUACAACUUUGGGCACCCCAACGCUGGCAUCAACAUACGCGACUGCUGGGACACAUGGUUCAGAGAACACCUGGAAGAUAUGGCGUCGAAUACGCGUUCAUGGGUGCGCGGUGCCAUUGCGGAUAUGCGCCGAGCAUGGAGCCCAUUGAACAAUCCCAACGAUCAAACAUAUCAGGCGAGAGCGCUACAGGUCAAUCAGCAUCUUGACCGCUUGGAGACGCUCGGUAUUACCAAUGGGGAAAUUUCCAUUGACACUACGAAUCUGUGGUAG